AUGACGCUCGACAAGGACGGAGACGCGGGCGGCAGCGUGGCCGUCAAGCGCUCCGAGCCCGCUGCGUUCCCGUUCGGCUUUGGCGCAGCGGCUGCAGCGCCCUCGUCGUCGUCGGCCGGCCCGGCUGCCCCGCCAGCGUUCGCGACGGCCGCCGCGCGCCGCGCCGAGCUGGGCGCCCACGCCCCCCUCGUCCACCAGCUGCAGCGCGAGCUCGAGGACGACGUCGACGACCUCAUCAACGAGGAGGGAUGGGAUCCCGCCACGGCUGCCGGCGCGCAGGACUGGGCGAGCGACUAUGGCAUGGUGUUCCGCGCUCUGAGGAGAAACCACUACAAUACAGACAAGACACACCACUACCUGCUCGGCGCGCUGCAGCGGCGCGCUGACCGGGGCCUGGGCGGCGUGAUUCCUCCGCCACCAACCCCUUUGCUCUCGCUGCUGCCUUUGCCCAAGGUCGUUGACCGGCUCGGCCGGCCGAUCGCAGUGCUGACCCUCCGCGAUGUGGUGCGCGAUGCGUCUGGAUCGCUCAGCGAGCUCAAAGAGUGGAUAUGGUGGGGCCUCGAGCUCGUCCGCCGCGCUCUGCGAGACUACUGGGUCGACGGAAGGAGGGGAAACGGUGCAGAGGGCGCCGUGCUGCUCAUUGACGUCAGUGGAGCUGGGUACAGGAACAUGGAAGUCGAGCUCCUUCCUACCGUCUUCAGUGUCGGGCAUGGCAACUUCCCCGGGCUGUUUGAGAACGUCUACGUUAUCAAUGCUGGCUGGUCGCACCGAGCAAUGUGGAACGGCGCUGUCAAACGUGUCCUUCCCCGCUCGUCGCUGGAGCGCGUGUCUUUCCUCGACACUCUAGAACAGAAGGCCGCAGUUUUCGACCUCGACGUGCUGCCAGAAGAGUACGGCGGCACCGGCCCCGAGGCCGACCCCGAAGUCAUGCUCAGGCGGUACUCGCACGCAAGGCCACAUGCGCCGUCGCGUGGUCCAUCGCGCGUCCACUCGGUCGCCAACUCGCGGGGCCCGUCGCGCGCCAACUCGCGCCCACCAUCACGCGACCCCUCGCGCGGGCCCUCGCGCGCCCCGUCGCUCGGCCCAGCAGGACGCCGAUCACGCAGCGCGUCCCGCGAGCCGCCCACACGCUCCACGUCCAUGGCCUCGAUCGCUGACAUCUACUACACUGCCCCGCCCUCACCCUCGUCCACUUUCUACAGCGGCAACGGCACGAGCUACACGCCCAGCCGUGCAAACAGCUACGCUGGCAGCAGCGUCGCGACGAGCCGCGCGCCGUCGCGCCGUUCGAGCUUCGGCCAGACACUUAGUGGCGGCUUGGCUGGCCUGACGGGCUUGACGUCCCGACUCGCCAUGACCAAGAGUCACAACGACGUGCGUACCGCGGCGGCAGUGCAAGAUGACGACGACCACGUCCACUUUGCCGACGGCGAGCGUGUCGAUGAGACGAGGCAAGGGCGUGGCCGCGGACGCGGACGCAGCCUUGGACCAAACGACUCGCCCGUACUCCUCCAGGCCGCCCCGGAGGUGUCCCCGCGGCCUGACCUGCACAUUGACACGGGGAGCGCUCUGAACUCUGGUCCCGCGACGUCCUACACUGGGGCAUCGGACGUGUCGACCUCUACAAUCCACUACGAGGCCCCGAAGAGUGCGAUCCAGCGCAUCAAGUCGCUCUCCGACUUCCACCUCUACCUCUCACCUUCGCGUCUGGCGCACCGCGACCUGCUCUCCGACUCGGAAGACGACGAGGAACCGACCCCUCCGCCGCCCGUGCACAUUCCCUUGCGGCGUACCCUCCGCCCCGCGCUCGUCGACCCCUCAGCCCUGUCCCUCGCUGAGCGGCGUGCGGCCUCGCGACGUGCAGCUGGAGCCGAUACGCCAAGCACCCCGCGCGACAAGUACGCGUCUAUGCUGCAGGAGCACCAUGCACGGGGGGUAGAGCAAUACCGGCCCGCGGCACUCGAUCUGUGUCAACGGAGCAAGGACGAUCCCGAGUGCUACGACUCGACACCCGAUGCGACUGGUCCCAACACUGCCGCGCCAACCACGGCCAUCCAGACACCGUACGACGAGAUUGAGCCAGAGGAGCUUGAAGACGACGACUACUACUCGCACAGCAUUGUGCCGGUGUCGCUGCCGGCACCGGGGAUGGACGUGUCGUCACCCUCAGCUUCGUCGGAUUCCGAGGUCGUCGUCCGCCCGACACGCACCCCCGUCUCGGCCCGCGACAUGCAGUACACGUCGCAGAACCCGUGGUUUGGAUACCCCGUCGUCCGCGUGCCUACAGGAGACGGGUACGCGAUUCGGCCGCGGUAUGGGCGGAACCGGAAGCGCGACCUUGUCAAGACGCUGCUGUGGCUCUUCCUCAUGCGACUCCAGUCGAUGCGGGACGGGUUUGAGCGUGCCCUCGGUCUGGACAAGCUCCGGGCACUCACGAGCAGGUGGAGCUCGAGCAAGAAGCAAGUCGCCAGGACGCCGUCGCAGGGCCUGGUGGACACUGCCGAGGAGAAGCGCGCACUCGUCAAGCGCACGGGCAAACACGACUGGAUCUGGAUGCUCGUCGGCUUCCUACUCGUCCGCGGCACCUGGGCCAACAUGCUCGCAGAGUCACUCGAGCCACUCGAGUCGACUUUCGGGACCGGCCUCCGCGAGUGGCUCGGUCUCAUUUAG